UGUGUAUUUCUGAUCUCUCUGAUCUCUCUGCCCCCCAGAUCUGUGAAAUGCUCAGGAAUGAUCCCAAUCAUGCAGGAAUUCCUCCAGCCUUGUCCAUGUUACAUGGAGGACCAUGUUCUGUGAAGAUUGAGCUCCAUGGAUCUGAGAGCGACAUGCUGUUAAUCUCGCCAAGAAAAGAACGAGGAAAUUUCCAGCAAUUAAAAUGAAAUGUGUACUGAUCGUCUCGGAGGGGGCAGAAGUUCUUUUCUGUUGGGCUGAUGAAGAAUUUGAAAAGAAACUUCACAACAGAUAUUCUCAGUCUGAUGAUUACUUACAGUCUCCAACGUUUGGUGACAGCAUCAAUACUCUGUUUGCCCCUCUGAUCAUCUCUUGUGUGACGCUGUUGGAGAAGAUCGGUGACACCUAUACCUGCUUCACCACUGAGAAUGAUCAUCUCUGUGUUCUUCACAUGUUCGGAGAAUGUCUCUUCAUUGCUGUUAAUGGUGACGGAUCGGAGACGGAGGACGAUUUACGGCGUAAGCUUUAUGUGCUGAAGAGACUGACGGAGGUGCACUUUGGUCUGGUGACAUUGGAUGGGCAGCUCAUCAGGAAGGAGUUACGGCCUCCUGAUUCGGAUCAGAGGAACUUGGUGUGGAAGACGUUCCAGAGUCUUCUCCUUACAUACAGCACUCUACGGAAUGAAGACCAGAGCUUUGCAGUAGAGGCUGUGGAGCGUCUGAUUCACCCAAAGCUUUGCGAGCAAUGCAUUGAGUUCUUGGAGAAACAGAUUGUACAAUACAUAAACAGUAGCAAUGAACGGGGUGGAGAGGAAGUUCUGCAUGCUUUCAUUUUAGUGAAUACCAAACUUCUGGCUCUCUUCUCAAGCCGACAUGCCAGCUCACUGAGGCCUGCGGACCUCUUGUCCUUAAUUCUCAUUGUUCAGGAUCUGUACCCCGUAUACAGCGCCCCUCAGGACCAGAAUGUCCAGGACAUAGAAGACAAUGUGGCCCAAGAAGAGUAUUUUACCCCCAACCCAUCGCCAAGUGCAACCAGUUCAGGUGAUGGUAGCUGGUUGGAUGACGUCUCGUCCACCUCCAGCCUGGGAGAUCCCGAAAUACAGAUUGCAGAGGACAGUCUGAAGAUUCUUUCUGGCCCUUUACCUGAAUCCACCAACACAAGGAGGGUAUUUCUGGAUGCCAACCUGAGGGAUGGCUAUUGCCCCAUGAUGCCUCAUUCCAUGUACUGCCUGCCACUGUGGAAUGGGAUGUCCCUGGUUCUCCUGACUAAGUUCUCUGGAAGUCAUCUUGGGCUCUCGUUGUACCAGCUCUUGGAUGGAUUCAAUGUGAUGGAGAAGAAGCUGAUGGAGGGGCAGGACCUUCAUCACAUUCUACGGUCACAUCCCUUCAUGGCCGACCUGAGACAAAGAACGGACAGAUUUGUAAAAAGCCUCGGUGGCCGUGAGACUCCAUUGCAGAAUACCUGGCUAGACUUCAAGCACAAAGCGUUCUCCAGACAUGAGUGCGGAACUCCAGCAGAGCUCGCUCAAGCAUGUAAAAAUGUGAAGCGUCAGCUGUGCUCUGUGUACCGCCAGCUAUUCCUGAGUUCCCCCAUACGUGGCACGCAUGCCUUGUCCCUAAAUAUUCAGACACGGGUCAGGAAACAGGUCCAGGAGAAGCUGAUGGACUGGAAGGAUUUUUUGCUGGUGAAAAGUAAAAGAAACAUAACGAUGGUGACGUACUUAGAAGACUUCCCUGGCCUGGUGCAUUUCAUUUAUGUGGAUCGCACGGUGGGACAAAUGAUGGCUCCAUGCAUCAACAUCGAAGAUAAAUCCACCACUGACCUGGGGAGCAGCGUAUUGGCCAAUUUCAUCAAAAACAAGGUUUGGUCACUUAUAGGUCUGUCUCGAAGGUACCUUCAGAAAGGAUACACUACGCUGGUUUUUCGUGACGGGGAUUAUUACUGCUGCUACUUCCUGUGGUUUGAGAAUGAAGCUGGAGAUAGACUGGAAGUUAUUGAUGUUCCAGUUCUCGGAGAUGAUUCUGCUCCUAUAGGAAUGCUAGCCGGAGAAUAUUACAGGAAACUUCUUCGUUAUUACUGUAAAAACCAUCCGGCAGAGCCGGUGAAGUGCUAUGAACUGCUAACAUUGCACCUCGGCAUCAUCCCACCGGACUUCAUCGUACAACAGUGCCAUGACCUGGCCCGCAAAUUGUGGGAGCCGUCUCGCAUUCCCCUUCUGUAAAGAACGAUGCCGGAAGACCGGAUGAUCCCAGCACCCCCCCCCCCCCCCCACACUAUUGGGCUUCAGUCAUAUGACUCUACUGGGCAUUGGAAGGGAACUCUGCGUCUGAAACCAGACGGUGGACGGAUCCCAGUCUACCAAUCCAGAUUAUAUUGUUCUGUUGUAAUGCGAAGCUGGAAAAUAUAUCUAGUUAAGCCUAAUCUGAAAACUGAACUUGAGGCAACAGCAAAAAUUUACAUAUAUGGAUCUCCUCCACCAGUCAAAGCAUUUGUUUCUUUCAAUUCCGUUCUGAGAUUUACACCGCUCCGCCACACAGCACAGCCCUGUCUGGAUUGACAGACCUUUAUUUUUUUCUGCUUCAGUUCAGUAAUGCUGAUCGGUCUUGUCCCCCCCC